GUUUCAUGCGAAUUGGGGCCGGAGGUGCGGGCGGCGAUUGGUAGACUAUUGCUGGCCUGGCGGUUGCAAUCUGGUGAAAGUGCUGUUUAAUAUAUCGACGCGAAGACUCUUGUCGCCAUUAACGCCUCUUACAUUCUCCAGAAUUUAAGUGGCGUCUGCCAGUCUGUGAUGGAUAUGGAUAACAGCAUGAAGCAGGUGCUGGAAGGCCAGCUGUCCAAAUACACCAAUGUGAUGAAAGGCUGGCAGUAUAGAUGGUUUGUCUUAAACCCUGAGAGUGGAACUCUGAGCUACUUUAUGGUGGACGAGCAGCGAUCGAGCCGGGCGCGUGGCUCGAUCCACCUGGCCGGCGCCGUGGUUUGCCCCAGCGACGAGGACUCGCACACAUUCUCGGUCAACUCGGCGGCCGGCGAGCUGUACCGCCUGCGCGCCUCCGACGCCCGCCAGCGCCAGCAGUGGGUCGACCGACUCCGGCUCGUCAUCGAGAUGUUCAACCGCGUUCAGGCCGAGAGCGGGUCGUCGCCGCCGCACGGCGAGCCACUCUCGCUGUCGGUGUCGCCGCGCCAGUACGAGGCGCCGUUGUCGGUGCUGAGCUCGCUGCACGACGCCAGCGCCGCCCUCCAGCAGAUGGCCGCCCGACACGGACACCUGUGCACCGCCGUCCGACAGCUGCCCUCGCACGCCUCUGAGGACGUGACGGUGACCAGCACCGACUCGGACCUGCUGUUGCUGAUGGCCACCUCGCAGGCGACGCUGCUCUGUCUGGAGCAGUGCUACUCAAUCCUGCAGCAGCAGCGCUCGGCGGCGGCGCUGCCCAUCGGCGCGCCGCUGCCGGCCGGCGACAGGAGCAGCCUCAGGCUCGGCGCCACCCGCGCCCGGCCCGAGAAGGACUUCCUCGCGGACGUGGCCGACUGGUUCGACACCAACUUCGGCACGGCCAAGACACAGCGGAAGGUUUCGCACGCCAGCCCGCCGCGGCCGGCCGCGGCUCCGGCUGCAGCUCAGGCGGCCCCACCGCCGGCGGCGCCCGGCCGCACGCCAGCCGCUAUAGGUCGGUCGGCCGGGACAGCUGGCGCCCGUGGGGCUGCACGGAUGGGUGGAGCUGGCGUAGCAGGCGGGCGCACGCAGUGUGGCUUGAAAAUGCUGUACUCUGAGCUCUGGUCCCGGCCCGACUCGUUCGUCCGGAUCGCGCAGGCCGACUCAGCUGCCGAACGCAUGUGCCGCGUGCUGGAGUGGUACGUGACGUCACUGUGCGCCGGCUGCCCGCGCGCCAGCAAGCCCUACAACCCGGUGCUGGGCGAGGUGUUCACCUGCUCGUGGCCGCUGGACGGCGGCCGGACGCGGCUUCGGUUCCUAGCCGAGCAGGUGUCGCACCACCCGCCAGUGUCGGCCAUCUGCGCGACGGUCGGCUGCCGGGCCCAGUACGUCAACUCGGCCACGGUGACGCUGACCGGCGAGGCGGCGCUUCACCUGGUCCACCGCGCCGAGACCUACACCUUCAACUAUCCAGCGGUCGCUCUUAGGUCGCUGCUGAACGAGCGCUGGGUGGAGCUGGGGGGCCAGGUGAAGAUCGCGUGCCAACAGACCGGCUACUCUGCCUCGGUGACAUUCCACACCAAGCCGCUGUCUGACGAGGGCGAGCGGCACCGCGUGACGGCCGAGGUCCGGUCCCAGGACGGCAGGCUGGUCUCCAGACUCCAGGGCAACUGGCGGGGCCAGGUCCAGCUGACCGGGCCGCAGGUGAGCUGA